GUUUUUACAGACACAUUUGAUUGUGAAUGUGAACGGAGGUACUUUUUUAUUUUCUUUUCAAUUAUCAACUAAAUUGAUACAUUUCAAGUUGAGUGAUUCAAAUGUAGGUUAAAUAAAACGUGGUAAUAGUGAAAUACUGUUAGUUAAAGGUGAAAAAUCUUUUUUUCUAAACUAUAUGUGUUCAUGAAGGUUGUGUUAUAUACCUGAGUAAAGGAGUAAAGUCAAUAAACUCUAACGAGGAGUGCCAUGAAAUGUUAUUUGAGAAAGUGAAAAUAGACAAUACUUAGCUGUAUUACUUCAUUCAUAAAUAUUUGUUGAAAAGCCUGAAAGAAGUGAGCUGCUCAUGAAAAAAUAUUGAAAGGAAUGUCGAAAACUGUGAAAAACGUUAGUGCGUAGGAGUCACUCGCCUUAUGUACCCUGAAAUACGGUCUAAUGCUGAUCCACCGACACCGUCAUCGCUUACGUAUCAUUCACCUCAUCCACCUUGUUACCGUAGGAUGUCCACAUCACCAUCAGCUGUACCAUUGGAUCUCGGGGUGAGCUGAUCCCAAAUAAAAUGGCCACCGAUAUGCGGUCCCCUAACGUUUCCGUCACACCCAUCAAUGUAGAGCCUUACCCUUCUCCAGGAGAACCACCGCAAAGGGCAAGGAGCGCUCCUCAUCCAGCAACCUUGAUUUCAAAUGGAAUAGUAGAUGUUUUAGACAGCUCCGAUGCCGAAGUUGCAAGGAUAGAUUUCCAAUCUGUCAAUAUGAGAUCAAAAAAAACUCGAGAGGACAUUCCGAGGCCGAUGAGUUGGGAAGGCGAACUUUCUGAUGGAGAAAGAGACGGGAUGUGCAUGGAUGAAGAAAAUUCAGCACAGGUACCUGAAAAUCUUUCGCUUCCUCAAUCAAAACCGCCCUCGAUAAGCGAUUCAAAAGAUAGCCCUAUUCUCAGACUGAAGCAGCCUCCUAUGGGAAACUAUUCGUUGCAUAGUACCCCCAGUAACUCACCGCUACUUAGCCAACGACAUCCUGUAACAGGAGUUCCAAUAAUUAGUCACAAAGAUCUCAUGAUGCACAAAGGUCUUAACGUGCCACCGACUCCCUCACCCGAUUCAGCCGUCCACUCCGCUUAUAGCGUUUUUAGCUCCCCGAAUCAAUCGCCAUUGACACAACGUCACGUAACCCUAACGCCGAAUCUUAGUAGAAAUAACAGCGACGCCUCCCAUUCGAGCUGUUGCAGUUAUAGUAGCGUUUCCGUUUCUGUAUCACCUACACAACAGUUUUCGCCGACACAUAGUCCAGUACAGGGUCGACAUAUGCCUAAUAUUCACAAUAGUCCAUUACACCAACAUAAUUUAAUCUAUAGGAGUUUGCAAGACGAAAAUCUACAAUAUUCUACAGAACAAGAUGGUUUGGAGGAAUCCGAAGAUAAAACCGGUAUUAUACAUGCGUCUCUGCCAGCUCAAACAGGAAUAUCCCGACAACAGCUUAUUAAUAGUCCAUGUCCUAUAUGCGGAGAUAAAAUAUCAGGUUUCCAUUACGGUAUCUUUAGUUGCGAAUCUUGUAAAGGUUUCUUCAAGAGGACGGUUCAGAAUAGAAAAAACUAUGUGUGUCUUAGGGGAGCGCAAUGUCCGGUUACUGUAGCUACUAGAAAAAAAUGUCCCGCUUGUCGAUUCGAAAAAUGUCUUCAAUGCGGAAUGAAAUUAGAAGCUAUCCGUGAAGAUCGAACCAGAGGGGGUAGAUCAACAUACCAAUGCAGUUACUCCUUACCGCCAUCUUUAACAAAUCAUUCGGAUCUAAGAGCCAGCGCUACGGAUUUAAGACACAUGGGAGACGGUCAUCCAGGUUUAACUGUCAAAUUAGAACCACCCGAUCCUCAAAUGUCACAUACCAAACGUAUGUUCCCCGGAUCAAAAGGUGUUCCUCCAUUAUUGCAGGAAAUAAUGGAAGUUGAACACCUUUGGCAUUACAAUGAAUCCGAAUUAACCAAACUAAGCACCGACGGCCAUUUAGGUAAAGAAGGCUCCAGUGGCGCAGUACACAAUCUAUCCACCCAUCCCCUUUUAGCCGGGACUGCUUUGGCUGGUUCAGCGGACACAAAUCCAGAUUUCGUUGCCAACCUUUGCAAUAUAGCCGAUCACAGACUAUACAAGAUCGUCAAAUGGUGCAAGAGUCUUCCACUAUUUAAAAAUAUAUCUAUCGACGAUCAAAUAUGUCUUCUUAUAAAUUCUUGGUGUGAAUUGCUUUUGUUCUCUUGUUGUUUUCGUUCGAUGGCUACACCAGGAGAAAUAAGAAUAUCACUAGGAAAAAGUAUAACGUCGGCGCAAGCGCGCGAAAUGGGUAUGCAAGCGUGUAUAGAAAGGAUGCUGAAUUUUACCGAACAACUUCGGAGAUUAAGAGUUGACCAGUACGAAUAUAUCGCUAUGAAGGUGAUAGUUCUACUUACUUCCGAUACUUCUGAACUCCGAGAAGCCGAAAAAGUAAGGUUAUCUCAGGAGAAAGCUUUAAAAGCACUCCAAGAUUAUACUUUAUCGCAUUAUCCUGAAAGUCCAGCUAAAUUUGGAGAAUUACUUUUACGAAUUCCUGAAUUACAACGAACAUGUCAAGUUGGUAAGGAGAUGUUAACAAUAAAAUCAAAAGACGGAGAUGGACCGAGUUUUAACCUCCUGAUGGAGCUCCUUAGGGGGGACCACUGAAAAUGUGCCUUAUAAGCUUUGGUGGCGGGCUCUCGUAUACUACGGACAGUAUUUCUUUGCUUAAUCACUAUUUAGCUUUAAGUGAAACCCUACGUACUUAGAAAAAAAAAAUCGUGCUGGACACAUUAAAAAAGAUCGGUAUUUUAGGAUUUUUUCACUAAUUUAAAAAAAAAUUUAUUUGAUAAUUGAAAACUUUACUUUUUUUCGUUAAAGAAAAAAAAUAUGAAAGUUCUGUUAAUAUGUUGAGAUUUCAUCAGCACGUUAUGGAAUGAUUGUUGCUCAAAGUUACAAUAUUCCCUUCAGUUUGACGUUAUUCGAUUAAAAUUUCAAAUUUCUAUUUAUAACAAUUUCAUUUUGGACUCGUUAAAAUGUUAUUGUUUUGUUAUGAAAAUUGAAUUUCGUUUAAAACGUUCUAUUUUAUAUAUGUCGAAAAAAUCCUUCAUAAAAUUUUAUAACCGAAUGUAUAUAUAUAUAUUUCUUAAAUUAAGUUUAUAUUUUGAUAUUUUUUAUUAUAUACAAUGAGGCUAUUUCUCGCUAUCGUUGACGUUUUUUUAUAUAUAUAUUUAUAUAUAAGGUGAAUUUAAUAAGAAUCUUUUAGAAUUUUGAAAAACACCUUGUAUAAGAAUAAUUUUAGUUGAAAAAAUGUUGAUGCUAGAGCUGUACUCGUAUCUGAUACGUACCUCGAAGCAUAUUUUUUUACAGAUAAGAAAUUAUAUAAAAAAAAUCUCAAGGAAAAUAGAAAUAUUGAAUGACUUCAAAGAACCACUAUACUGUCCUCCCCUAAGCUUUUCAGUCAAUUUAUGUGCAUAUAAUAAUCAUUUAACUCAAAUGAUUUUUAUCACAAAAUUCCUAAUAAAAAUAUUGGGUUUCAGUUAAUAAUCCUGUUUCUAAAAUACCGCAAGGAAAUAGUUACCAAUUUUACACAGAAUAAGAGGUUAAUAAUAACUCUUUGAGAUUUUUUUUUAAAUCUUUGCUCCAUUCCAGUGUUUCGAAAAACAUAUUUUAAAUAACUGUACUCUAGCUUGAAAGUUUUAAGUAAAAAUGAUAUAUUUGUAUAGUUUGGAUCGUAUUUUUGCUCUAUUUAAAAAAUCUGGAUCAUAAAUUGAUCCAUUUGGGCAAACUGUAUGUCUAAAUUAGACAAUUUCAUAUAAUUUUCACCAAAUACAACAGUCAAUAUUCCUGAGUAUGAAUUUUGAUUUUUUUUCAUUUUCUUUUAUUUAAUAUCAAAAAAAUUUCAAAGCGCAACUGAACAUAUUUUCCUUCUAUAACAAUACACAAAAUACAUUAGUACAAAUAACCAAAAAAAUUGAACAAAGUCACUUUUUGAACAAACCGUAUAAAAUUGGUAUUGUAGACUAAGUUCAAACCCUUCUUUUUCUUCCUUCUUUAAUCUAGGCAACUCGCCACUCUGCCUGCUAUACUGCUAAACUGUCAUACUUUCGUUUUUGGUGGAGACCUAAGCUUCUACUUCCUAAUGAUGAUUUGAACUUCGUUAUCAAAACGUGCAGCAGACAGUGUAAUUGUGUGUGUUACUGUAGUGCCAGUGUGGUCAGCUUACUAUUCUUGUUGUUGUCCAUUCUCUAAACUCUGCUUCUGUUGUUUGUUCAAUUUUUGGCUACUAAACAAGCGUUUGGUGUACCCAGUAAACCAUCUUAGGCUGCAGUCCCCACGUCCUGCCUACGAAUUUGCAACAAGUCCAUAUAAUCAUAGUGGCUUUCAAAAUAACCUUGUCUAGAUGAUUGUUCCAAGUAAAUAUUUUAUUCAGGAUGUCUCCUAGAUACUUGAAGUCCAUCAAGAGUUGGUGCGCGUAUAGUUGCCUUUCUUCUUCUAAUAAAUGGGACUAGUAUUGUUCCGUAGGUAUGCCAAUUUAUUAUUUAACUCUAAGACGGGAAAAGCUAUAUUAUUGGACACAAUGUUUAUUGUCAUUAUACUUUCACAAUUACACUGAGCUUACUGUGGAUUAAUAGUUCAUAUCCGGCUUGAAGGACCAUGUUUUAGGAAAUCACCAACUGCUCUAAAAACUUAGUUGGUAUUACCUUAUACAAAUUUUUUAUAUUAAACUGCAGCUAUUGUCAUUAUAAUGUGCUUUUGUUUUCUCCCAAGUGGAUGGAAAGAUUAAAUAUGUUUUUAAACUUGUUUUAACUAAAUAUAUUAAUUUUACUUAAAAAAUUCUCAAGUAAAGAUUUGCAGUUAACCUUCAUAAAUUAUCAAAUAAAGAUUAACUGAAAAUAUCUUGCAUAUAAUUUUCAUUCUGUUGUAUUUUCAUUAAGAAUUAUUUUGGAUGUAUUGUUAGUAGUUUAAAACUACAGUUUUGUCACGUUUUUUUUUUUUAAUUCAACCUACUCUAACCUGAACUAUUGUUGUAAAUAGUCCCCGGUUGAUUUUUAUUUAUUUUUUAAGUCGGACAAGAGUUUAAUUUUGUGCCAACGCUGUGUUUGACCGAACAGACUGAAUGAAAUUUUUUGUUGUUGCCAUAUUACUUGGCAUAUUAUUAUAAUGAGUAUUAAGAGGAUACAAAUAAUUUACGAAUGUUGAAAAACAGUCUUAAAAUGUUACCGUUACUCAUGAAAACAAACACAAUGUUUCUAACUCUUCCCAAUCACUGAUUAAACCAGAAGAUUUACAAUGAUCAGAUAGUUUAUUCAAAAAUUGUUUUUCCUAAUUGUCUCUCAGCUAUUCAAUACUCCCAAAAUUUGGGCAAUCCUACCUUUUAGGGUACAACUCUCCUAUGAACUUGAAAUAUGUCAUUUCUGGUAUAAUUCUGAACAGGUCCAUGAAUAUUUAUAUAGGGCGUUCAUUUUUUUUUUUCGUUAAAAAAUUCGUAUUUCCAAUUUCCCGACUGGCGAUAGUAGAGUGCUUUUCACAAGAUGCUGUUAACAAUUUUGAUUACGGAAUUCAUAACCUUAACAAAGCUCUCCUUGGUGUAUUAUGCAGUUAAACUUCAGAAUUUCGUGAUUUAUUUUACUCGAAAGAAUCGUUGUGACCCCUAAUUUUUUUGUGACAUACUUCUGGCUCCAUCAGUUGCUAUUGAAAUUAAUCCUAUUAUCUUCAAUGCAUUUUUGCACGGCAUUCGCUUUAUCCCUAGUUGGUCCCGAUAGCGGUAGCAAUCCUAGAAGUUCUUCUUCUGGACCUUGGGAAGACAUAUAUCUGACAUAAAGAGCAGUCUUUUAUGUCGCAUGACUCAUCGAUAACAAGUGAAUAGGUAGAAGAAAGUUGAAUAUCUUCCACUUGCAAAUAUGUUACAUUUGAAGACUGAAGAAUUAUUCUAUCUUGUACUGGUUUAGAGGAUAAUGGCAAAUCUUUGAUAUUUUUCAAGGUUUGUUGUUUGUUUUUGAAAUGACGAAACAGUUCUUCAGAUUCACAUAUGAAAUAAACCUUGGCGUGUGUCACGAGGAGGAGGUGAAAAAAAGCGAGUAAGUCUUUGAGGGAUAGAAUCGAUGCCUACCCCUCGUUAAAUGAUUUAGAACCAUUUUUAAAUUUUUUUUAUUUGAUAAAAUCAAUAUUAGUUGAGUAUAGAGUUAAAGAGCCGCAGGCUGCCGACCCCUGCACUAGACCGAUAGGAACCGUGAACUGAAGAUAUAAGAGCAUAGGGUCGCACACUAUGAAAAAUGGAAAAUUUUUUAACGAAAAAAGAAACAUGACGGAGACAUGAGGGCCAUAUAUAAAUAUACAUGGACAUGCUCAGAAUGAAGUCAAGGUCUAACCUAACCAAAGUUUGUAUAAGUAACAUUUUAAGACGAUUCAAAAUUAUUGUUACUCUUAUUUUGGCAUGGUUCAUUAACAAAAAUAUAAUAUCUUUAAUAAAAUAAAAUUUUAUGAUUAAUCGAAUUAUUUGUAUCCGAGAAAGAAAAAUAUCAAUAAUAUUAGAAUACAAAAUGACAAUUCAACAAAAAUCCGUACUGAAUGAAAAAAGUGAACGUCUGAUUAAAAAAUAAUUAUUGUUUUUUGAUUUUUUUUCAAAUUGAGACUUGUAUAAACGAGUACCAUGACAUUUUACUUCUUUAUAGAAUUGUUACUAUAAUAAAGAAUAUUCUAUGCAGACUUGACCACCUCACAAUUUAAAAUUUGAUAGAAACUAAAAUGUUUCAAGUAAUUGAGGUGCUGCUUAUAAAAACUCGCCUUAUACAAAUAAUCCCAUUUUGAGCAAAUGAGGAAAAACUUUUUUAUAUAUUCUAUUUUCUAAUGAAACAAUUUACAACUCUAGUGUUUUAUUACUUUUAAUUAUGAUUUUAUUUCAAUUUUGGAUAAGGCUAGUUCUGAAAUGUCCUUAUGGAUAAGGCGGGUUUUAGAAACGGAUUUUUUUUGCAUAAACUAAUUAAUCAAAUUAGGGACUAUAAAUUGCAAUGUUUCUAUUGAAAUAUAAGCAGAAUACAGGAGAAAAAACAUUAUAACUAGACUCUCAAAAUUCACCAUUUUCUUUGAAAUAUAAAGAGAAAAAUUAAAACUAGAGAUCCUAAGCUCUCCGUUUUCAUUAUUAAUUUCUUGGCAAAUGUCUAUAGAAUCGUCAGAAGCACCAGCUAAUUCAUUAGCAACCUCAAGAUUCAAAAGGUUCCGAUACCAUAAGAAAAUCACCGUUGAACUGGUGUUCAUAAUUAAUUGUGGGCGGCCAAGGGCCCGUCGUGCCCCACUUAACGUUCCCAAAGGCCAAUGUCCUGUGAGAAGCCGAUCAGGUGAUUUGGCUUGAAACCUUUGAAGUCAUUGGACAAGUUGUGAAGCAUACCCAAGUAUUUAAACCGUGCUCGUAUGACUGCAGGGCACUCAAAGAUGACGUAGCCUGCGGUUUCGUCCUUCUCAAUGCACCAAUGGCACUCCGAAUCGUUCGUAAUUCCCAUGGUGUGUAGAUGACAGUGACCAGUUAGAAGUCCGGUCACUAGUCGCGCCUGUUUAGUUGGAGUAUUGAACUGGUGUGACCUCUUCUCUAAAGCAAUCAGAACAUUCCAAAGAGACUAGAAACUUAACUUUCUGAGUAGCCCUCGUAUGUACAAAUUAUUAUAAAGGAGACUUAGUGUACAAUAGAAAGUUAAUUUUUUCCACCCAUUAGCUUUUAUCCCUUGUUUCCAAUGAUUUUACUUCGAUAUUUUUAUUAUAAAUAAUUAAUUUUUAUAGAAAUAGUUUUUGAUAUCUGAGCCAGAUUUUGAACUUUAUCAAAAUAUUUUGAUUAAUGCCAGAAUCCCGUAAGACGGAUAAUCAUUUCUAUGAAAAAAAUCGAGUCAUGUAUUAAAAUAUACCUUAAAUCACGAAUGCUUAUCAAAAAUAUAUAUAAAAAAUAAAAGAAAUUUGAAAAAAUUAUAUUUUUUAUUAUAGUAGCAGAUUUAUACAAAACAUUUAUCGGACUAGUACAUUUUGUAUCAGGUUUUAAUGACCGUAUUAUUUUUGACAGUUCACUCGUGUCCCUUUUUACCCCGGUUGUUUGUAUCCAAGUUUCUGUAUAAGAUGUUCAUCUACAAUAACAAAAAGAAACAACUUAAGACUAAAGGGGAGGCCUUUCAAAACUGUAUUAAAUACAGUUUUAGCCCUAAAAUACUUUUUGUACUCACUUUUUUACUGUCGAUUAUAUACAACACAUGUAUUGAAGAAAAUAUAAUAUACAUCUUUAACAA